AUGGAUAAAUAUCUUGAGCUCAAAGCAAGGCAGGCUAAGAUAAGAGCCAAGAUUGAAUGUGAAGGACAGAUUGACGAAGCCAUCUCUGAAAAAUUGGAAUUCUUGCUCACAAAAGUUAAGCAGAUGGAAGAUUAUGCACAAGAUCUAAGCAAAGAAAAGAAGCAAGAACUGGUGGAUGCAAAGGUGGACACUGCCAUUGCCAUAGCAAAAUGGACAAAGCAGUACACUGAUGAAACUUAUGAAAGGCUUAAGAAAAGGAGGAUAACUGUCUCAGACACUCCGAAGAGGCCUGACUACAAAAUGCUAGAACAACAGAUUGAUGAUCUUAAAACACUGCUCACAUCAACAGAUAAUCCUAUCCUUGUGGCAAACCAAGAAAAAGAAAAACUGCUGACCAGUGAAGAAGCAAAAGAAAAAGAAGCUGAGUACUUCACAGAAGCCAUCAAGAAAAUGGAUCUAAAAGAAGAUAGAUCAGCUAAGCUUCAAGACCUUGCCAAAAAGGUAUUAACCAAACCUGCAUCACCAAAUGACUCAGCAGAAAUAUCAGACAUUGAGCCAGAUCAACAAAAGAGACAAGAGCAGAUUGAAAAGGAGACUGCAGAAGACAUAGCUGCAGCAAAUGAUGUCAUUGAAAUGGCCUUCAAGCAAAUGUCUGAUAGCUUACAACUGUUCACAAGACCAACAUCUCCAAACUCAUCUUUGAAUAAAUCUCCCCCAAGAAACCCAUUGGGAAUGUACAAGAUGGAUGAAAUAAAACCUUUCAAAGAUACAAGAACAGAAGAACAAAAAUUAUCAUACAGAAAACAGAGAGCUCACUGGAGGAUGAUGCGUAUUUCUCGUAUUUACUAUGAAGCUAAGAUGGCGAAAAGAUGGGAUGUCAAUAGAGAAUGUUAUCUUGAUCCUGAAGGAAACAUUGCUAUUGAUGAUAAAACUCUUAGUGAGGAAGCUCUAGUUGAAUGUAUUGCUGAAGAAGAAGAAGCUUUACAGAGAAAAUGGUGGGGAGGUGACAAAGAGAAUGUAAAAGAAAAAGAUGAAACUUUAAAUGACAAUGAAGCAGAUCCUAGUAGUGCUGGUGAUCAUGAUGAAGAAGUUGCUACUGGUAAUCAGUUGGCAGUGAAUGGUGAUCAAGAAGCUGAGAACAUGCCAAUAUUUGAUCAUGGUGAUUCAGAUUCUGAGCAGGAGCAGAUUUCAAGUAAAACAAAAUGUGAAGUUGUGAUGACUGAAGAAGUUGUGAAAGAAGCUAUUUCUGAAAAACAGCAGGUGUUUGAGGAAAUAAUUUCAAAGAAAGAAGAAUCUGUAAAGCCUGUAUCUGUGAAAUCUGAAACAGUGAUUAAGAAAGAGUUUGAAGAAGACACAUCAGUCUAUGAGAUUGUUCAGAAGGAAAAGAAACUGGCAGAAGAUAUUCGAAUUUUGAAAGAUGAAAAGAAAGCUGCUGAUGAACAGAUUCUGGAUAUGUUAUCCAUUGCUAAACACUUUUUGCACCAACACCAUCUUGGGAGAAAACUCCCCAAAGAGGCUUCAUAUGGCUAUUUUGGAAAAAUGGGUUAG